AUGUCCGGUGAGAUGCAGCUCCAGAUGAAGCGCAUCGCAGAUCUGGAAGAGGAGCUUCAAAGGGAUAGAGAAGCGAAGCGUCAGGCCAGUCAGGGCCUAAAAGUCUCGGAACUCUCCAGCGAAUUGGCCUGUUGCGUGUGCAAGGACUGGCUGGUGCAUGCAGCCACUAUCCAGUGCUCUCAUAGCUUCUGUUGGUCCUGCAUCGACCGUUGGCUUCAGACCAAGCAGUUCAUCUGCCCUGUCUGUCGCAAGGAGGUGACGCGCGAGCCCGUGCGCACCCGUGCGGUGGAUCAAGUGGUGCAGAAGACCGUGUUGCAAACCUCGGAGGAGGAGAAGGCGGAGUUCGCGCAGCGUGUCAAGGCUGCGGAGGAGGAGGAAGUGAGAGAUAAGAAGCACUUGGCAGAGUUGGAGCAUCACAUCAGUGAGGCCCUCAAAGCCGGGAAGAAAUUCUUUCACAUCUCGCAGCUCUGGGGUAAGAAAGACAAGGAGACGUUCAAAAAGGGCGUCGGCCAGUAUGCUGGCAAUGCGAGAGAAACCUAUUGCAAGUUGACUGGAAUGACGGUCCAAUGGGUUCAUAGUGCUGACUCCACGCAGCUCAAUGUGGCCCUUCACAACGUGGGUCUGGGCACGUUGGUCGGGGCACUGAGCUGGGGCGAAAUAUGGCGAAAUGGCAAUGACAUACAGGCGUCAGCGCUGACGCUUUCCGCGCGCGUUUCCGCGUUGGCGAAAUCUGCGCUGCAAAUUCGAGAAGGCUUUGGAGAUUUCUUUGUUUCUUUUCUGAAUCAAAAUGGUUCAGUGGCAGACAAAGUCCACCGGCUGAAUGUGACCUAUUGUCAGGACAGCUUCCGUCAGUGCCUCGACGCGCAUGACUUCGACGUCGUGGUGGUCGGCAGCGAAAGCAGCGAGCAGAUCAAGCUGCUGGCGGAGGAGAAGGAGAUCCCCAAUUUGCACUGUUCAGGUGCCAAUCCACUGACUUGGACGUCGCAGACCCCCUACGCCUUUGGUUUGCAGCUGCCAAGUACGCUCUACACACAGCAAGUCAUUCGUCAGGCGGCCGCUCGGCACCUGACUACAGCGGUGAUGAUCCGCGAUGGCGAUUCGGAGUUUCAGCGGCUGUCAGCGGUCAGUGCCUCUGAAUGGAUCCGCGAGAGCGGCUUGAAACUCAUCGGCCCCAGCGUCUCCUGGCGCACUCAAUGGAUGGCCCUGACCCGCUGUGCGCUGGUCACGGUCGGUGGGGUCACACGCUGUCGCUGUGGUGCUCCGGAGGAAGCUGAAUCCUUGGGCUAUAAGUACGACUCUGAGUCUCCGGGUUUUUACGAAGUUGCUGAAACAACAAGCCACGGCGACCCUGGAUUGGUGGCUUUCGUGGAGGGAGUCAUAGAGGAUGUGAGGGCUCAAGGUGAGGACCCUCAACUAGUAUUGAACCUCCUGAGCAGCGCAGAGAGCGGUUUGCUGGCUAUGAAAUCGAAAAGCUUCAAGUAUCAAAUGUACUACGGCCAGUCAGUCUUGGCUGAUGGGAGCAAUCUCACGUUCAACGAUGCCAUAUACAACUUUGGCUCGGGGCAAUGGCAUGAAGCGCUUCGCUUCGCUGACCCCAUCUUUGGUUCAACGGAGGCCAUGGUCACCAGAUAUUUGGCGCAAUUUGGCCAUGUGCCCAGCGAUGAUUCUGCUGCCUGCAUCGCAGCAGGUGUGUCCUUGACAUAUUCGCUGCAGAAGUAUGGACGAUCGCUGGUUGGCCUUAGCCCUUCUGAACGACGAGUAGAGAUCCGGAGAUCUUUGGGACAGUUGAAUGACGAGACCUUCUUCGGGCGGAUUCGUUUUGACCGAAACAACCAGAAUGUUGGCCGCUUGCCGAUCAGCUGGCAGUUGACAGAGGAUGGUGCGCAGAGGCUGGUACUACCACCUGAGUUCACCGUGGAAGAGCUGCGCUUCCCAAGCCCUUCGUGGCAAGUGAAGGCCGGUUGCCCUUCAGGCUUUGGGUCCAGCUUUGGAUCGCCCUUGCCCACGGAAUGCAACGCCUGUCAGGAAGGAACAUUUCGCUCCACUUCCACGCCACCGCUGCAAUUCUCAGAGUGUGAGCCGUGCCCUCUGGGGCGAGGGACCUUGCCGGGAGAGAGAGGUUCGGUGGAUUGUCCUUUGUGUCCUGCUGGACGCUAUCAGAAUGGAAGUUCUUUCGGCAUCUGCAGUCCAUGCCCCACGGGCACUUUCGCCAACAUUUCCGGCAGUGUGGACUGUCAACCAUGUGAUGUGGAUAGCUAUGCAGAUGAACCGGGCUUGGACUCCUGCAAGCCUUGUCCUGAGAGCUCUUCUCAACCUCAAGUUGGACAAGCAUCUUGUAUUUGUGAUGUCGGAAGCUAUCGCCAAGCCGGUCUCGACGGUCUCGCCUGCCUUCCUUGCGACCCUGUGCUGCCGGGGGGCACCACGGUCCAUCGCAACUCUAGGGGACCGGAGGACUGCGUCUGUCCUUCCGGGACCCAUUGGUAUCGGCCAAGUUCCCGAAGUCCUCUGGCCUACUGCCGGAGCUGCGCGCGGGGCUUGCUGUGUCCUGGUGGUUUCGACAAAGGUCAGCAGCAGGCACCAUUACAGGCUCGUGGCUAUGCCGCCGGCCUGCCGGCCUAUCCCGGCGCCGGGCCGGCCUACAUCAUCUCCUGCAGCAACAACUGGCAGUGCCCGGGAGAACUGCCAUUGGGAGAGUGUCAGCCGAAUUCCUAUGGGACGGCUUGCAACAAGUGCAACGCUGGGUAUUACGAGCGUGACGGGCGCUGCCAAAGUUGCUCCGAACCCCUUGAUGUGGUACCCAUGCUUGUGGCGCUGGCAUUUCUACUGGUGGCCGCCGGUGGAUUUUAUGUCUUUGCAACCCGAAUGGAUCGGAGUCAUCGAGUUGCCCGGCGUAACGACUCCUUGUUCAUCAUCAUUGCAGCAGCGGGCCUCACCUUUCUCAGCGUGAACGCCCUGCCCAUUUUCAGCAAAAUCGAUGUGCAGUUAGUGGAGCCUCUGCGAAGUCUUCGUUUGAUUCUCUUGGUCCUUUCCUUGGACUUCGACCUACUACGACCCGACUGUUGGAAGGGGGGCGGAGAACAUCCAGUUUCAAGCUACUUUGGAGCCAUUGCUUUGUAUCCCUGCGGCUCCAUUGCUUUACUAUGUCUCUUUGCCAUUGCCAAGUUCGUCUUCAAGAAGGACGUGACCUGGUAUGAAGUGAAGUAUGUACACGGCGUUCUUACCUUGCCUCUUGCACCAGGUUCCUUCUCCUUGGGAUAUCAUCGUGAUGUAAUGUGCUGGAGAGAUGACACUCAUUUCUUGAUGUUGGCCAUGUCGUUCCUGCCCUUCUUUGGCGUGGUGGUGAACUUCGUCGUCACCAUUGGCACCAUGGUUUUUCGGUAUCCCCGAAAACUUGGGCGACAAGGUGGAGCCAAAUAUGUGAAACAAUGGAGCUUCAUUUUCGGACACUUCGUGCCCAAGU